AUGAAGCAGUGGACAGUUGGUUUAGUUCUUGUUACUCUUCUACUAUCACUUUGUGUGGAACAAACAAACGCUUUCAUAAAACUAGUGGCUGUGGCUAAAAAACUUGAUUUUAGAUCACUCACGAGAACGUUCAACGUGUCCUACAAGUUGAACAAUCCGAAAUCUCACAUAAAUCAAUCGAUUGAUGGCAAUAUUACUGUAACGCGGAACAUUAAGGACCUACGGCUGAUAUUUCUUUACCACACGGUAUCCCGGAACGGUACCGUUCAGAAUGCUCUCAUCAAGCGUCCGAUCGAUGUUUGCUUUUUCCUACGAAAUCCCAAGUCCGAUCGGUUGGUAAAGCUCGUCUACGAUUACGUGAUGGAGCGCAGUGACUUACCGGUACGAUGUCCGUUCGGGCCUGGCAGCUAUUACAUCCGGAACAUCAGAGUAACUGACGUACCGGUUCCAACGUUUCUACCGCCCUCAGAGUUUGUGCUCGAGCUGAUUUACUACUCGGAAGUGCGCGCAGAAAAGAUGAUUGAGUUCCGGGUGCACGGGAAGCUGGUGCGGCUUAUAGACGGUAUCUUUUCUAAGUGA